CUUCCUUCCGGCCGCCAUUUUAGUUGCUGUUCCUGGCCUCGCGGCGCUGCCGCCGCUGCUGCUGCCUGAGGAGCGGAGAGCGCGGAGCCGCCGUCCCCGCCCGAAGGCCCCUGCUGCCGCUGGCACGAUGUCCAAGCGCCAUCGCCUAGACCUGGGGGAUGACUACACCUCCAGCAAGAAGCGCGCCAUGGCUGACGGGAAGGAUCGAGAUCGUGACAGGGAUCGUGAAGAUCGUUCUAAAGACCGUGACAGAGAUCGUGACAGAGAGAGAGAUCGUGACAGAGAAAGAGACAAGGAAAAAGAUUUGCGUCCUUCAUCUAAUUCUAUGCUUCUUGUUGGUGGUGGAUUACCACCUUUAAAACCAGCAAUACUUCCACAGGGUAUUAAUCCAUUCACAAACCUACCACAUACACCUCGAUACUAUGAAAUCCUAAAGAAGCGGCUUCAGCUCCCUGUCUGGGAGUAUAAGGAAAGAUUUACAGAUAUCCUGAUUAGGAACCAGUCUUUUGUACUGGUUGGAGAGACCGGGUCUGGUAAAACGACACAGAUCCCUCAGUGGUGUGUUGACUACAUGCGGUCUUUACCUGGACCUAAGAGAGGUGUAGCUUGUACCCAGCCGAGGAGAGUAGCUGCAAUGAGUGUGGCACAACGAGUUGCUGAUGAAAUGGAUGUGAUGUUGGGCCAGGAAGUUGGUUACUCUAUUCGAUUUGAAGACUGCAGUAGUGCAAAAACAAUUCUGAAGUAUAUGACUGAUGGUAUGUUACUUCGUGAAGCUAUGAAUGACCCUUUGUUGGAGCGCUAUGGUGUUAUAAUUCUUGACGAGGCCCAUGAAAGAACAUUGGCUACUGAUAUUUUGAUGGGAGUUCUGAAAGAGGUUGUAAGGCAAAGAUCUGACUUGAAGGUUAUAGUUAUGAGUGCUACUCUAGAUGCUGGCAAGUUCCAGAUUUAUUUUGAUAAUUGUCCUCUCCUAACUAUCCCUGGUCGUACCCAUCCUGUGGAGAUUUUCUAUACUCCAGAGCCAGAGAGGGAUUACCUUGAGGCGGCUAUUCGAACAGUAAUACAGAUUCACAUGUGUGAAGAAGAGGAAGGAGAUCUUCUACUCUUUCUUACUGGACAAGAGGUAUACAAUCCUCGUAUUAGAGUUGAAUCUCUAUUGGUGACAGCGAUCAGCAAAGCAUCUGCUCAGCAGAGAGCUGGCCGUGCUGGUCGUACUAGGCCAGGCAAGUGCUUCAGGCUCUAUACGGAGAAGGCAUACAAAACUGAAAUGCAGGACAACACCUACCCUGAAAUUCUGAGAUCCAAUUUGGGAUCUGUGGUGUUACAGCUGAAAAAACUUGGUAUAGAUGACUUGGUGCACUUUGAUUUUAUGGACCCACCAGCUCCUGAAACUUUGAUGAGAGCCCUAGAGCUUUUGAAUUAUCUAGCUGCUUUAAAUGAUGAUGGAGACCUGACUGAAUUGGGAUCCAUGAUGGCUGAAUUUCCACUGGAUCCACAGCUGGCUAAAAUGGUUAUUGCAAGUUGUGACUACAACUGUUCUAAUGAGAUCCUAUCUAUUACUGCCAUGUUGUCAGUCCCACAGUGUUUUGUUCGCCCCACGGAAGCCAAGAAAGCAGCAGAUGAAGCCAAGAUGAGGUUUGCCCACAUAGAUGGAGAUCAUUUGACCUUGCUGAAUGUCUAUCAUGCUUUCAAACAAAAUCAUGAGUCGGUUCAGUGGUGUUAUGACAACUUCAUUAACUACAGGUCCCUGAUGUCUGCAGACAAUGUACGCCAACAGCUGUCACGAAUCAUGGAUAGAUUUAAUUUGCCUCGUAGAAGUACAGACUUUACAAGCAGAGACUAUUAUAUCAAUAUAAGAAAGGCUUUGGUUACUGGGUAUUUUAUGCAGGUGGCACAUUUGGAGCGAACAGGGCAUUACUUAACAGUGAAGGAUAACCAGGUGGUGCAGUUACAUCCUUCCACAGUUCUUGAUCACAAACCUGAAUGGGUGCUUUAUAAUGAAUUUGUCCUUACAACAAAGAACUACAUCCGCACAUGUACAGAUAUUAAGCCAGAAUGGUUGGUGAAAAUUGCCCCUCAAUAUUAUGACAUGAGCAAUUUCCCACAGUGUGAAGCAAAGAGACAGUUGGAUCGCAUCAUUGCCAAACUUCAGUCCAAGGAAUACUCACAGUACUGAAUUUAUGCUUUGAACUGAAGUUAUUCAGAGGACAACUUUAAAAGAUGAAUGAACUCAGAGUUCAAGUUGUGCUCUUCACUUUGGUUCAGUAAUGGCCUUUAUUUGAAAGCUUUUAAAUUUUUUUUCUUUACAGUAAAUAUUCCAUUCUGAUUUCAUAAAUUAAACAUUUAUGCCUCCCUUUUGUGUUGACACUGUAGCCCAUACUGGAAAAGCUGAUCAAUGUUUUGCAGUUUAUUGAAAGUAGUUCUAUAUAUAACAAUGUUAUAAGCAUUUCUUUAGAAAUGGUUGAAAAUGCUUCUAAAAUGUGAUUAUCGACCAUGGUAUGCAUGAUCGUUGUAAUUGUUGACAUUCCUUUUAGAAGUUGUGAAAUGUUACAACUUGUGCUUAUGUAGACACAAUCUUCAGCUUCAGUACAGAGGUACUGACUUCAAUAAAGUCUAUUUAUACUAA